UUCCACGGCCUGAACCUCUCCAGACGCCCCUCCUCUCCGGACGUCCCUCCUCUCCCCGGUGCCCCACCUCCCCCCACGCUCCUCCCUUCCCUCGCCUGCACCCCUGCGGCUCCUUUCCUCCCAGCCAAGUCUCUACGCUGCGCGCCCACCCUCCAGGAAGCAGGUCGCGUGGCCUCCUGGCCUGUAGCCUUCCUGCUUGGUCUAGGGUCCUCUUAGGCGCCUCUCUGAAUACUUUGUAACUUCAGGCUCACCUUUUCCCCACUUCCUUGGACUAAUGACUAAUUUAGCGACCUCCUCUUUCCUAACCCUCUUUCCUAUUGCCUGACACCCGGGGCCAAGGAAGGGACAGUCUCCAAGGCCUCCAAUGUAUCUUCCACAACGUCUUCCGUGGAGGCAAAAAUAUCUCCUGCCCUAAAUUGCUCAAGCCGGAGUCUUAGGGUCCGUGCCCCUCCAGAUUUCACUUUGGGUCUGCUACAGUCUCCAAUGUCACCCAUAGUUUGUUUCUGAUUUUCCUGCUGAGAAUCCUGCCUCUUUCACUUAGAAUCAGAUCCAGACCCUGUGAGGCCCUCCCUGCUUGGCCCCUCCGUUUUGAGCUCUUCUCAUCCUUUGGCAUCUGGUCACCAGCUGUGUGCAGCUAGCUGGGCGGGGCCUUGAGCUUUUGAUGUGGUCUUUCUGUGGCAUGAAGGCCUCCAUCCCACCUACGCAUAAAAGGCAGCUUCCCUUCUUGAUAAGAUGAAAAUAUCAGCCAGGCAUAAUGGUGCAUGCAAACCCUAGCAUUUGGGAGACUGAGGCAGGAUCAUGAACUGGAAGCUAGCAUGGAUUAUACAGUGAGUUCCAGAGUAGCCCGAGCUUCAGAAUCAGAUGUUGUAUGAAGAAAAAAAAACCGGCUUCGCUGUACUGGAAGUGGAAGCAGGCUGAUAUCUGUGAGUUCAAGGCCAAUUUGGUCAACUGAAUGAGUUCCAGGGCAACCAAGGCUACACAAUGAGACUUUGUCUCAACAAUAACAAAAAAAAAAAAAAAAAGAAAAAAGAAAAGAAAAAGAAAACAAGCAAAAACAGCCAGAAAGAUGAAGAGGAGGAGGAAGAAAAUGUGUUAGACUCAGUGAGGCUUUUGGCAGGUCCAGUCAAGAUGUCUGUUCUAAACGGCCCUGACACAAACCAGGGAACUGACCAUCACAGGAGGUCCACUGUAGAUGACAAUGUCUCAGAGGGACCUGUGGGAGCCUGAGAGGCUGUGAAUGUAGCUGAGCUAGUCUACCCGAGUGACUUCCAGCUCACAGACAAGGAGAAAAGCAGCAUCUGCUACCUGUCCUUUCCAGACUCCCAUUCAGGAUGUCUUGGAGACACUCAGUUCAGUUUCCGUAUGCGUCAGUGUGGAGGACAGAGGAGCCUCUGGCAUGGUGACGACAGGCCUUAUAACAGCAAGGCCCCCUUGGCCCUACAGAGAGAGCCAGCACACUACCUGGGCUAUGUGUACUUCAGACAGGUGAAGGACAGCUCUGUGAAGAGGGGCUACUUCCAGAAGUCUUUAGUGCUGGUGUCCCGCCUGCCAUUUGUCCGGCUAUUUCAGUCACUCCUAAGCCUGAUCGCCCCUGAAUACUUCGAGAAGCUGGCACCCUGCCUGGAAGCAGUCUGUAAUGAGAUUGACCAAUGGCCAGCUCCUGUGCCUGGGCAGACCCUGAGCCUACCUGUCAUGGGAAUCGUCUUUCAGGUGCGCAUCCCAUCCAGGGUGGACAAGCUGGAAUCCAAUCCUCCAAAGCAGUGUGACCAAGAGAACCUGCUGCCAGCCCCAGUCGUCCUCACUAGUGUCCACGAACUGGAUCUAUUUAGGUGCUUCCGGCCAGUGCUGACCCAUGUGCAGACCCUGUGGGAGCUCAUGCUCCUCGGGGAGCCCCUAGUGGUCCUGGCACCCUCACCUGAUGUGUCUUCAGAGCUGGUGCUAGCCCUGACCAGUUGCCUCCAGCCCCUGAAGUUCUGCUGUGACUUCCGCCCCUACUUCACCAUUCACGACAGCGAGUUCAAGGAGCUCACAACACGAACACAGGCUCCACCAAACGUGGUCCUGGGAGUCACAAACCCUUUCUUUAUCAAAACACUCCAGCACUGGCCUCAUGUCCUCCGAAUUGGGGAGCCCAAGAUGUCAGGGGACCUUCCUAAGCAAGUCAAGCUUAAAAAGCCCUCACGGCUCAAGACCCUCGACACCAAGCCAGGCCUCUACACCUCAUACACUGCCCACCUCCACCGGGACAAAGCACUGCUUAAACGACUGCUCAAGGGUGUACAGAAGAAGAGGCCAUGGGAUGUGCUAAGUGCCCUGCUGAGGCAGCACCUCCUAGAGCUCACACAGAGUUUCAUCAUUCCUCUGGAGCACUACAUGGCCAGCCUCAUGCCACUACAGAAGAGCAUCACACCCUGGAAGAGCCCCCCCCAGAUCUGCCCCUUCCGCCAGGAUGAUUUCCUGCGUAGCCUGGAACAUGCGGGCCCCCAGCUCACCUGCAUUCUCAAGGGCGACUGGCUGGGCCUCUACAGGUGGGAACCAUUGGGCACAGGCUGCUGUGGGUGCCCCACAUAUACAGGCGCUUUUUCAAGUCUCCCCAUUUCGAUGGUUGGUAUCGGCAGCGACACAAAGAGAUGGCCCAGAAGCUGGAAGCUCUGCACCUGGAAGCUAUUUAACAUCGAGGCCUGGAUGAAGGACAAGUCGGAGGUGGAAGUGGUGGACCUCGUCCUGAAACUUCGGGAAAAGCUGGUGCGGGCACAGGGCCAUCAGCUCCCUGUGAAGGAGGUGACACUGCAGCGAGCUCAGCUGUACAUCGAUACAGCCAUUGGCUCCCUGCCCAAGGACCUACAAGCAGUCCUGUGCCCUCCCUAGGACAGAGCCAACUUGUGUGGUCCUGGGGGCCUAAGUCUGCCAAGUUCUCUCUCCAGUGAAGGCAGGCUUCCACCAAGCUGGAGCUCCCAGCCUUGGGCUCCUACCUCGGCUUCAGCCUCACUCCCGGAACCACCUCUGUCCCAGCAGUAAAAAUGACAUUUGGAAUGACAGUCUGGUCCCUGACUAUGGGGGGGUUCUCUGCUGGCACUGCCUCACUCCUUCCUGGGCCCCACCUGUCCUCUGAAGCUGCAGGUGGGAGCGGCCGGUAGAUUUCACUGCUGUAGGUUCCUCUACCACCUGCCCCCUCCUGGCUCCCAUCUGCCCACACUUCAGGAUGCUUUGUGUUGUGGGUCCUUUAGCCCAGCAGGCUUCCCAGCUCAGAACAGGGAGGCAGCUGCCAGGGCCAGGGCCUCUUUACACUCCUCUCAUUCCCUCUUCUGGGCGCGAUGGGUACUUUGCCGAGGCAGCUACUUGAGAGCGCAGAAACUCUUUGUUCUGUGAGGACCUAAAUCUCCUUCCUGCUCUGACUGGUAAGAAUGAGAGAGUGAGGGAUGGUUAUGGGACCUGGCACCCCACUUGGAAAGCAAGCUCGGGCUGUUCAUUGAGGUCCUCACCAUAGUCCUUGUUCCCUUUCUUGGGACCACGCCCCCCCAAACCUGCUCCAGCUUUUCCUCUUGUUUCUGCCCCUCCCCUUAAAGCUUGAAAGCCGUGGGCUGUAGCCUAAUGUUGCAUUCUCUGCUGUCGAGGGUACAGUUGAUCUCUCAGGCCAAGGUAUCUCUUGAAGGUACUGUUCUGUGCUCUUCCAAGGAAAGGGUUAACCUGUGUGAUCCCAGGGGCUAAGUCUGCCAAGCCUUCCUUUCCCUUCAAGGUUCUGUCCUGGCUUCGGCCCUCCUCCCAGAACCACCUUUGUCCCAGCAGUAAAAAUGGCAUUUGGAACCACA